CGCUGGAGAAAGGUUUGUGUUUGAUUAUGAAAUUGUAUCUUCUUGGCAAGACAAUGACGAAGCUAGAGCAGUUGCUUGAGGUACAAACAAAUCGUCAGUUUUGCUUUUUGUUCGUAAAGGUUUUCAUGCAUAGAUUGGAAGUAAAGGAGAAAGGGGAGUAGGGGGGGACUGCUGAGCUAGUUUGGUUUUGAAGGGAAAAGAUGAGAAGGUGGGAACUAGGAGGAAUGGGCUUCAUUUGCUUUGAUGUCGGACGCGUUAUGGGAAUCUACAGUAAGUAUCAAACCUUUCAGCACAUAUUGUGCUGUCGGUGGCGGUUUAGAAAGGGGGAAAAAAAAAUAUAGAAAUACAUCUUUUUGAAAAUUUUCUUUUCCUUGCCAUAGCAAAGAUUUUACCAAUUUAUCUUAGUUGUCACGAAGCUGGAAUGUCGGUUGGUUCGAUUUGGUUUAACCCGUGUUAGUUAUGAUAUCAAUGUGAGUAUCAUUGGUAUGAUCGAUUUGGAAUCUAUAAAUCAAAUGACAUUAUUUUAGUGAAUUUAAUUAAUAAAAUAAAUUAAUUUUUCAUUUAUGUCAAGCCAAAAAUAUGAGUGUUGAUUUUAAAUAUUUUAUUUAAGUAUUUGUAUAUGCAUAAAUUCAUUUAAUAUUCAUAUUUUCUUCACAAUUAUAUAUAUAUAUAUAAUAAAAUUGGUACAAUCCAAUUGUACUUUUGAUUGAAUCAUACCACUUUUUAAAGGAUAUAAACCGGUUUGAAGAUUUAUAGAACUCUCUUACAAAAUCAAAGGCCAUAACUAAAUUUUUAUACCCCCGGAACUUCUCCGUAUUUACGGAAACACCCUCCAAAAAUCUCUUUAAAUCUCUCUCACAGACGCGUACUGAAAGAUAAGCGCUCCACUUUUCAAGCCCGUCUUCUUCUUCAUUCCCUCCUUAGAUCCCGCUUGAUUCACGCCCUUCUCCUCCGAGACCGCAAGCCAUGGCGGGAUCCCCUGCCACCGUGAAACCCACCCCGAUACUGAAAGAUGAGCUCGACAUCGUCAUCCCCACAAUCCGAAACCUUGAUUUCUUGGAGAUGUGGAGGCCCUUCUUCCAGCCUUACCAUCUGAUUAUUGUCCAAGAUGGCGACCCUUCAAAGACCAUCAAAGUCCCCGAGGGGUUCGAUUACGAGCUCUACAACAGGAACGACAUCAACAGGAUUCUGGGUCCCAAAGCUUCUUGCAUUUCGUUCAAGGACUCUGCCUGCAGAUGCUUCGGGUUCAUGGUGUCCAAGAAGAAGUACAUCUACACCAUCGAUGACGAUUGCUUUGUGGCCAAGGAUCCAACUGGGCAGCAGAUCAAUGCACUGGAGCAGCACAUCAAGAACCUGCUAUCCCCAUCGACCCCGCACUUCUUCAACACGCUCUACGAUCCGUACAGAGAAGGUGCUGACUUUGUCCGCGGGUACCCUUUCAGUCUCCGCGAGGGUGUUUCCACGGCGAUUUCGCAUGGCCUGUGGAUGAACAUCCCUGAUUAUGAUGCUCCCACUCAGCUGGUCAAGCCACUCGAGAGGAACACCAGGUAUGUUGAUGCUGUGAUGACAAUCCCCAAGGGAACUCUGUUCCCCAUGUGCGGGAUGAACCUUGCCUUCAACCGUGAAUUGGUUGGACCUGCAUUGUACUUUGGACUCAUGGGAGAUGGUCAGCCGAUUGGUCGAUACGACGACAUGUGGGCUGGAUGGUGUGUGAAGGUGAUCUGCGACCAUAUGGGAUGGGGAGUCAAGACCGGGUUGCCAUACAUUUGGCACAGCAAGGCGAGCAACCCGUUUGUGAACCUGAAGAAGGAGUACAAGGGCAUAUUCUGGCAGGAAGAGAUCAUCCCGUUCUUCCAAUCCGUGAAGAUGUCCAAGGAAGCCACCACGGUUCAGAAGUGCUACAUUGAGCUGUCGAAGGAAGUGAAGGAGAAGCUGGGGAAGGUGGAUCCCUACUUCGACAAGCUUGCCGAUGCCAUGGUGACCUGGAUUGAAGCUUGGGAUGAGCUGAACCCUUCUUCGGCCGAGAAACCAGCCAAGUAGAAGGAGCGGACGAUGGUUUUGUUAGGCCACAGAGAGCAGAGAGCUAAGAGAAGAGAGAAGAGUUUACUUUUGCUGAUGAGGGAUUUCGUUGGUAGCAGUAAAUCUUGGUAGUUGCAGUGUAGGUGGUCUAUUGAUAUUGAGCAACACGAUAUUUAUUUCUAUAGCGCUAUUGGUUACUAUUACGAUUAUUGUUAUUGUUGUUGUCAUAUUGGUUACUACUUACUAGUACUGCAUAAUGUUAAGAGGAUUUUGAGUGAAUUCAUUGUCAUUAUCGGUAUCUAUUAUUAUGGUAUAAUAAUAUUGAGUUUGUAUUGUAUUUUUUGUGACUUGUGAUUGUAAACCAUGUAGUGGUUAUGGUCCAUGAAAUCGUAUCAUAUUGGCAGUUAAUUACAAAAUAUAUCAAUAUUGAAGGCUAAACUGGAAGUUUGGAACUAACUAUUGAAUUACAGUUAAACUAUGAUUUUAUCAUAAAAUAUCAAUUGAUUUUUUAUGAAACAUGAUUGUGGUAACUUAGAAGUUGUUGUAGAAAGGUGGGUCGGUGGUCUAAACCCCAUUUUCGGUGUAUGAAUUUUGGUUGGUAAUGAUAUUUAGGGUUUGAAAAUUGAAAUUGGGAAGAGAAAGGAGGCAGACAGAAUGGAAUCGAGGGAGCAAAAUUUGAAAUGGGAAAAAGGUGAAAAGUUUUGGAGCCCCACGCGAAUCAUAUAAUUUUCAAAAUGCGGUCUCCGCUUGGAGUAGGAAUGACAAUGAUUGGGUUGGUUCAGUUCAAUUCAAUUUUAGUGGAUUCUCAUUCAUUCAUGAAAGAAAAAUGUUGGGUAAAAUAUUUGUUGGCUACGGUAGAGAAAAAACAUUUCAAUUCAUUAAGUAUUUAUGGAGUGAAUGAAUAUAAAUGGAUUAAUCGGCAUAACUGCAAAUAUUUUUUUUUCGAGCAAUUAUAUUGUAAUACUAAUAAAAUUUAUCCUACAAAUAUAUAUCAUUAAAGCCUGAUAAAAUUCAUACUAUUAAAAUUAGAUACAAAACAAUGAUAUUUUACUUUUCGAAUGCUGGCUGAGUGGAAAGCAUAUUGAAUUUUGGUUGAACUCACUCCCAACCCCACGCAACCCAACCAUUGUAACGAAAUGGAUAAAUUCAUAUUCAAUUUAAAACCGUCAACAUUAUUUUAUUCUACAAUAAUCGGAUUAGAUACUUGUGAGUUUGGGUUGAAUUGGAUUCCCUAAUUGGAAGGAAGGAAAGCUUGAUCUUUUGUUUGUUUAUUGGGUUUGUUUUUGCAGGCCGACUUAUAAAUUUUCAAUUCAGAAGAUAAGAGUUGAGAGAGAGACUGAUUGACUGAGUCUGUGAGAGUUUAGGGAGGGCACAUGUGGAUGCGCUGGCCUGCAACUGGAAUUAAAUGGUAAAAGAAGAGACAGGUGGCACCCUCCUAAUUAAUUAAAUUUAUUUAUUAACCGCUACUUAUGAAUGCAUUGAAUGAACUUGGGGGAUUGAUUUGAUUGUCUAAAUUAAAUUAAAAAAAAGGGUGGAGGGGCAAUUAAUUUAGUUUAGACAAUCAAUUGCCCCUCCACCCACUGCUAACAUUUUCUUAACCGAAAUGGAAAGGAGAGGACCCGAUUCCCCGUUAGUUCAGUUAAUUCGCCAAUCUCAAAUGGAAACUGAGAUUUCAUUUCAUGGGAAACGCAUUAAUGAGCUGGGUUUUUUUUCAUUUUACCAGAAUGAGGUGUUUGUUAUUAAACCUUAAAGUGAGGUUCCGUGCCGUGCCGUUUCGUUCCGUUCCGUUCCAACUUCCAACUAAUCAAUCAUUUAUUCAACAAUUGUCAGACAAUAUUGGACUUUCCUAUGUUAAUGUGUAUUGAAAAACUUUCAGAAAGCCAUAUUUAAACUUACGGCUAGGUGUAUCUACAUGUUAGACAAUAUCAGACCGUCUUGUUUAAUAGUUCGGCGAUUAGUUAGAUAUCCAAAACGCAAAUAAUUAGGCGUAGGUAGAUGGUUAGUAAAAUCUACAAGCCAAAUCUCUUAAAUAACUCAUGUUCUUUGUAAAGAGUACUUACACAAUGUCUAUAUAAAGAGUACUCUACGAUCAUAGGAAAACAUUAUAUCCAUAAAAAUACAUUUCGUUACCUCACUUUACCAUAUGGUAUAGACACAUUACCACACUUUACCAUAUGGUAUAGACACAUUACCAUAUGGUAUAGUGUGGCAAUCUCAAUAUAUAUAUAUAUAUAUAUAUAUAUAUAUAUAUAUAUAUAUAUAUAAUUACGACUCUUUUUACUUUGUUCUCCCACUUCAUUGUCUUCUAACUCUUCUUUCUCGGAACUGUUGUAGAUUACCACCUACUACCAUCAUGAUAAAACUCGUGACCAUAAAAAUACAUGUAAUUAGCACACAUUACCAUAUGGUAUAAUGUGGUAAUAUCAAUAUAUAUUACAUAAAAGAAAGAAGAAAAACAUAAUGAGGGAGAGAAAAAAAACUCGUCUUCUGUCUCCUCUCAUUUCCUCUUCCACAAUCAAGAACACCAAAUGCAAAAAAAAAAAAAAAAAGAAGAGGAAGAUCGGUAUUGAAAAUUCACAAACAAAUACUAAAACAUAAAACAUGCAAACUCGACUCACCUAGAUCUAUCCCCUCUUGGUCAAUAUGGAGCGUCAUCUAUUUUGAGGCCGAGAAAAGAAAGAACAGAAGGAAGGAGCAGAUUGAGAGAAGAAGGAUUUGGAGCGUCACCGAAUUUGAGAGGGGAGGCUGCAAUUUUUUUCUUUGUCGAUUGGAGAAAAAAAAUGAAGAACAAGAGAAGAGAACAUAUCUAGAUCUGAAAAAAGGUAUUUGGAAGAGAGAAGGAAGAGAGAAAGAAGAGAGAAAGAGAAAGAAAAAAGAGAGAGGAAGAAAUCUGUUUUUUCUCUUACAUAAAUUAAAAGUCAGCAUAUAAAUACUGGAAAGAAAUAAAAAAAGAAAUACAAAAAGUUGCAAAAAUCGGACAAAAAUGCCCCUUUCCCACCCCGCGUCAAUAUCAGCCAUACAAUGUUUUUCCCAUAAGAUCUAUGGUUCUCAAUUGGUUAUUCACGGUAUCCUAAACCCCAUCACAUGCCUUUUUGAAUUUUGCCUAAAACUAAUUGAGGAAAGAAAGACAACUACACAUACUGGAAAAUCGAAUCUUCUUUAACUGAAAUUCUAAUUUCUUCUUCUUUCUUUUGCUUUGCCUUUUUCAGAAUCUGUGCAGCCUACAAGUGUCGAUCAACUAGUAACUAACCUGUCUGGCUCCCAACUGCUAAGAAACUUGACCUGACCGCUUCCAUCAUUAUCAAACCAGUCAAUGCCCCAACAAUGUUAACGUUAUUCACCAAUAAUAAUAUUAUAUUAUCAUUUUCUACACAAAUAAAAAAAUUGUUAUAAUAUUAAUCACACUAUGAGCCACUAUCUAAAACCUCAAAGAUGUUCCCAAGAACGUGCCUAACCGCAUUGAAGAGUUUUGCAGAUCUAAAAAUCUUGUCCUAACUUGUGUCAUUAUGUCAAGCCACAAAGUAGAAGGAUUGACAACGCUUACAGAAACAUGAGGUUGAGGUGUACAAUGAAAAAAAAAAAAAAAAACCAAUGUUUGUCCCAAUGAAUGAUAUUAUGUAAA